CGGAGUGAAUUUAGGGUGGAUUUCGAGUGAAUUUCAUUUCGAUCCUCUAAAGUUAGAAAAAAAGAGAAAGCUCUCUACUUCUUCUUCUUCUCUUCAUUCGAGUUUUCAUUUCAUUUCAUCUAAAUUUCAAUUUCAUUUGGGAACAACCAAGAAAGAUCCCCAAACGUAUUGUUAUUAUUAUUAUUAUUAUUAUUAUUAUUAUUUUCAAUCUAAUUUUUAAGAAUAGUAGUUCAUAGAUCUGGGCGUUAAAUCGGCGAUGGAGGUUGUUUUGAUCCUUGGAUCGAUGGUUUUUGGAGGGAUUUGGGGUUUCUAUGUUUCGUUUGAUCGGUGAGUGAAGGAUCUAGGGUUUGCGUUUUGAGUUUUUUGGUUUUGGUGAUCUUUGAUCUGUCUCACAGAUGCCUCUUCUUCAACAACUGGUCGAAAUCGGGAGAACGGCGGCGAGUCGUAGUAUGUUUGGUGGUCCGGAACGUGUGAGGCCAAUCUCGGAGGAGGAGGAAGCGGCGGCGGCCGCAGCGGCGGUGAUGAAACCGGUGGUUGGGAGUAUGAGCGGAGAGCUUUCCGUUGAUGUCUCUGCUUCUGCUACAGCGGAGGAUUCGUUUUCAAGCUUGCUGGAACUCGCAGCAAACAACGAUCUGGAAGGCUUUAAGAAGGCUGUGGAGCUGGAGGCUGCCGGCAUCGACGAGAUCGGGCUUUGGUAUGGCCGGAAGAAGGGCUCCAGCCAGAUGGUUCUACAGCAUCGCACGCCGCUCAUGGUCGCGGCUACAUAUGGCAGCCUCGAAGUUCUUGGCUUCAUCCUUUCUUUGACCUCCAUCGACGUGAACCGUGCCUGCGGGCCGGACAAGACCACUGCGCUCCAUUGCGCAGCGUCAGGUGGUGCUGUCCACGCAGCGGAAGCUGUCAAAAUGCUGAUCGCGGCCGGUGCUGACCCAAACCUCGAAGACGCCAACGGUCUUCGCCCCGCCGACGCGAUCGUUAUUUCUCCGAAGCUAAUCGAUGUGAAAAACGCUCUUGAAGAGCUCCUUGGCGUUGCCGUCGUUGAGCGGCACCGCGCGCUGCGCAUCUCCAUCAACAACUCCAAUUCUCCGCCUUUUUCUUCCUCUCCGGAUCGGGAUGGAUCACCUACGUCUGAGCUGAACUCGCCGCAUGGGUUGCCUCACGGCCCUACAUCGGAGAAGAAAGAAUAUCCUGUGGAUCCAUCCCUCCCGGACAUCAAGAACAGCAUCUACGCCACCGAUGAGUUCCGGAUGUUCUCGUUCAAGGUUAGGCCUUGCUCGCGCGCGUAUUCUCACGACUGGACGGAAUGCCCGUUCGUGCAUCCUGGCGAGAACGCGCGUCGUCGGGAUCCGAGGAAGUUCCACUAUAGCUGUGUUCCCUGCCCGGACUUUCGCAAAGGCGCUUGCCGGCGUGGGGAUCUCUGCGAGUACGCGCACGGGGUGUUCGAGUGCUGGCUUCACCCGGCGCAGUACCGCACGCGGCUCUGCAAAGAUGGCACUGGAUGCACGCGACGUGUUUGUUUUUUUGCCCACACCAACGAAGAGCUCCGUCCGUUGUUCAUGUCCACUGGGUCUGCUGUUCCUUCCCCGAGAUCUUCCAUGGAUAUGGCUGCUGCCAUGAACUUGCUCCCUGGAUCUCCGUCUUCUGUCUCGGUUAUGUCUCCGUUUACGCCACCGAUGUCACCUUCUGCGAAUGGAAUGGGGCUGUCUUCUAUGAAUUGGCCGCAGCCGAACGUGCCAACUUUGCAUCUCCCUGGGAGCAAUCUGCAGUCCAGUCGUCUCCGUUCCUCGCUUAGUGCGAGGGAUAUGCCUAUGGAUGAUUUGCUUAUGAUGCAGGAUUUUGACGCUCAACAAUUACUAAAUGAGUUCUGCUUCUCUUCCGGCCAAGCUCGCCUGGGCUCAAGCUCUGCUGGUGGCAAUCGUUCAAUCAGGACUAAGACGUUGAAUCCAUCUAACCUUGAUGAUCUGUUUUCAGCUGAGAUCGCAUCUUCUCCAAGGUAUAAUGCUGAUCAGGGUGCCAUGUUCUCUCCAACUCACAAGUCUGCUGUUUUGAACCAGUUCCAGCAGCAGCAGCAACAACAGCAGAGCUUGUUGUCACCUAUUAACACUAGUGUGUUUUCACCCAAAGCUGUAGAUCCUCAGCAGCUCUCUGGUCACCCUUCUCUUCUGCAGGCAUCUUGGGGAAUAUCAUCGCCUGGUCGUAUGUCUCCCCGUGGGGUUGAGCCGAUAUCACCGCUGAGCUCUCGAAUGGCUGCUUUUGCUCAGCGAGAGAAACAGCAGCAACAGCUGAGGAGUCUCAGCUCCCGUGACCUUUACUCUGGUAAUUCAGUAGCUAUUGGUUCACCAGUGAAUUCAUCAUGGUCAAACACUAAAUGGGGAUCACCGUCCGGGACUCUUGAUUGGGGUGUGAACGGUGCGGAGCUUGGCAGGCUUAAGCGUUCCAAUUCAUUUGAACUGAGGUCUGGCGGGGAGGAGCCUGACUUAUCUUGGGUUCAUUCUUUGGUGAAAGAGUCUCCUACUGAGAAUAAGGAGAAGGCUAUGGAUACUGCAGCUGUGGCUGCUGCCCGGCCAUCCUCCUCGGAGCCUGCUGGUGCUGGAGGUGAUGGUUCCAAUCCUAGUGCACAGGUUGAUGGCCUUGAUCAUGCUGUCCUUGGUGCUUGGCUUGAGCAGAUGCAGCUGGAUCAGAUUGGGGUUCAGUAAAAGAUGGAAGUUUUUACUGAAAUACAGUAGUAUUUGAUGACCCUUUUUUAGUAAAUAGUAUUUUUUGGUUUGUCGGGAAGAAGGAACUGCCAAUCAAGAAGGUAGAAGGUGGUGGGUAAAAUUCAGGUAUUCAUUUUCAGAAGGAAAUCAUUUAUUAUUAUUAUUACUUGGAGCUGAGUUGAGACAGUUUACAGAGAAAAAAAUUAAAAACAAAAAAAAAAUGAAGUUUGGGGAGAGCAAGGGUUUCACUGUAUUGUUUCAAGGUUCUUCCCAGGUGGUACCAAUUUGAAGAGACUGUCCUGUUCGUUGUCUGCGGUUAAAACUAAGUUUUGACUUAGUCAGCAGGAUGGGGGUAUCUUAUGUUGUUGGGUGAUGUGUCCCACUUUGGUUUUGAAUUAUUGGGUGUGGUUGUUUUUUCCUUUUUAUUUUUUUGAAAGGGUGUCAGUCAGAGAAGUGGGCACAAUAUAUGGUACUCUCUUUGUAUGUUUGAUGUAACAUUGGAUCUAAUCCUUUUAUUUCUAUUAUUUGCGUAUUCUUUACCAA